CCCAAUCCACCCAAAAAAAGGUGGUCCAACCCGUCAAUUAAAUAGUCUUCGCCCCACCAAUUCCCAUUCUCUCUUCUCCAGUUUUCCUUCCCUUCCCUCCCCACACAAACAAGGCAUCGUCAAGGCGUCAAGGAGGAUCGAUCCGUCUCUUUUCAGGUCACGCGAUGGCAUCGAAGCGGAUCUUGAAGGAACUCAAGGAUUUACAGAAGGAUCCUCCUACGUCUUGCAGCGCUGGUCCUGUCGCUGAAGACAUGUUCCAUUGGCAAGCAACAAUUAUGGGUCCUCCAGACAGUCCUUAUGCUGGGGGAGUUUUCUUAGUUACUAUUCAUUUUCCCCCUGAUUAUCCUUUUAAGCCUCCGAAGGUGGCAUUCAGAACAAAGGUAUUCCACCCUAAUAUCAAUAGCAAUGGUAGCAUUUGCUUGGAUAUUUUGAAGGAACAGUGGAGCCCAGCACUAACCAUUUCAAAGGUGCUGCUGUCGAUAUGUUCUUUAUUGACGGAUCCCAACCCUGAUGAUCCUUUGGUGCCGGAAAUUGCUCAUAUGUACAAGACGGACAGAAGCAAAUAUGAGACAACCGCACGGAGCUGGACCCAGAAGUAUGCGAUGGGCUAAAAUUGUUUGUCAUGGUGGGUUUGAGGGAGGGCAUUUUCCUUUAUUUGUUUCAUCCUUUUUUGAAGUUUUAUGUAUAAUUGUUCUGUCUCUACGAUCCAAAAGGGGACCAAAGAGGUCCAUAACAUGAUGGUAGUUGAUGGAGAAACAAUGAUGCCCUGUGUUGUUGUAUGGAUACUGUGACUUAUGAAGUGUAGAAUCUCUCCCAACUCGUUAUGGCCCCCUGCAGUUACUUCUAAAUGGUAUUGGUCGUUUUCUUA